GUCUUCCUCUCUCACACUCCGAGAUCUGUCUUCUCCUAUAAAAGGGGGUGGCGACUGCGCCCGCCGUCGUUGGAUCCGAGCUCAAUCUCGGGUUCAUCUGCCGAUCGGAGCGCCUCUUCCUUGGAAUCAAAUCCCGUCUCGCUGCUUUCUCGAUUUUGCGACCAGACAUGGCUGGAAUGGCACCAGAAGGAUCACAAUUUGAUGCUCGUCAAUUUGAUACUAAAAUGAAUGAUCUGCUAAAUGCAGAUGGACAGGAAUUCUUCACAUCAUAUGAUGAGGUUUAUGAAAGUUUUGAUGAUAUGGGACUUCAAGAAAAUCUUUUAAGAGGCAUUUAUGCCUAUGGCUUUGAGAAACCCUCAGCAAUUCAGCAGAGAGGAAUAGUACCCUUCUGCAAGGGACUAGAUGUUAUUCAGCAAGCGCAGUCAGGGACAGGAAAAACUGCAACAUUUUGUUCAGGCAUUUUGCAGCAGCUUGAUUAUGGUUUGGUCCAAUGCCAGGCCUUGGUUCUUGCUCCAACUAGAGAACUAGCGCAGCAAAUUGAGAAGGUCAUGCGAGCACUUGGUGACUAUCUAGGUGUUAAAGUUCAUGCUUGUGUUGGAGGAACUAGUGUCCGUGAGGAUCAAAGGAUUCUUUCAAGUGGGGUCCAUGUUGUGGUUGGUACUCCAGGUCGUGUCUUUGAUAUGUUAAGAAGGCAAUCGCUUCGCCCUGACCACAUUAAAAUGUUUGUUUUGGAUGAGGCUGAUGAAAUGCUUUCACGUGGCUUCAAGGACCAGAUCUAUGAUAUCUUCCAGCUACUUCCUUCAAAAAUUCAGGUUGGGGUCUUCUCUGCCACGAUGCCUCCUGAGGCCCUUGAGAUCACAAGGAAGUUCAUGAAUAGGCCUGUUAGGAUCCUUGUGAAGCGAGAUGAACUCACUCUGGAAGGUAUCAAGCAAUUCUAUGUGAAUGUUGAGAAGGAAGAGUGGAAACUUGAUACCCUCUGUGAUCUCUAUGAGACUUUGGCCAUCACUCAAAGUGUCAUCUUUGUCAAUACCCGACGCAAGGUGGACUGGCUCACCGACAAGAUGAGGAGCAGGGAUCACACAGUCUCAGCCACUCAUGGUGACAUGGACCAGAACACCAGGGACAUUAUAAUGCGUGAAUUCCGCUCAGGCUCCUCCCGUGUUCUCAUCACCACCGACCUUCUUGCUCGUGGUAUUGAUGUCCAGCAGGUCUCGCUGGUCAUAAAUUAUGAUCUACCAACUCAGCCGGAGAACUACCUCCACCGUAUUGGACGAAGUGGACGGUUUGGAAGAAAGGGUGUUGCAAUCAACUUUGUCACACGUGAUGACGAGAGGAUGCUUUUUGACAUCCAGAAGUUCUACAAUGUCGUGAUAGAGGAGCUGCCUUCCAAUGUUGCUGAUCUCAUCUAAAGCGUGUUAUGUGAUGCUUUAUAUUUAUGGCUUUGUAGGUCUGUUUUCUUUUUGAGUCAGCAUCAAACUUUUCUGUGUUUUCAGCAGUGAGCUUGGACUGUUUUCUUUGAUAGACAAUUUAUUGUUAUGCUGUCAUGCCUAAUUUUGAAGCUGUUGACUUUUGGAGAUUUAAGUUAAAUGGAAUUUUUUUUCUUUAA